UGUCUCUACGACUCUUCCAAGUGGGCCUCACCUGAGCCAGAGACCAGGUCCUGAUGGGGAGCCAGGCUGCAGCAGAGCCUUCGGACCUGCACAAAGGAGAGGAGGGGGGAGCGGCCAGGAAGAAGACAGAUUCAGACAGACACCAUGACGGAGAGAACAGGAGAGGGAAAGAGAGACGUGCGGCGGAGAACGGUUCCACAAACGAAGAAGGGAGGAAGGAGCUGAUGGCAGGAGAGGCUCUGGACCGCAGGAAGAGGUGGGAGCCCAGCGUCUUCUAUUCUGUUGGGAAGGAGUCCUUCUUCUUCGCUGGUCAUGACAUCACCAUUCAUGAGUCUCUGGACUCCUACGGCGCUCUCAUCUGGCCUGGGGCAGUAGCUUUGUGUCAGUUCUUGGAAAACGACAAUCAGCAGGUGAACCUGAUGGACAAGGCUGUUCUGGAGAUAGGAGCUGGGACCGGCCUGCUGUCCAUCGUGGCCAGUCUGCUAGGCGCCUGGGUGACGGCCACCGACCUUCCUGAAAUCCUGUCCAAUCUGACCUUUAACCUCUCACGGAACACAAAGGGCCGCUGCCGCUACACGCCUCAGGUGACGGCCCUGACCUGGGGUCGCGACUUAGAGAGGGACUUCCCCCUCUCCGCUUGUCACUAUGACUACGUACUGGCGGCAGACGUGGUCUAUCAUCAUGACAACCUAGACGAGCUCCUGGCAACCAUGCGUCACUUCCUGCGACCAGGAAGUGGGACCACGCUGCUGUGGGCCAAUAAGGUGAGGUUCCAGUCAGACGUGCGGUUCACAGAGAGCUUCAAGAGCAGCUUCAACGCCACCUUGCUGUCAACACUGCCCCAGCAGGAAGUCCACAUCUACAGAGCCACAGCACAGGACUGAUGGAGGGGAGGGGAGGGCUCCUAGUUGACAAUUCACAAAGACAACAGAGACGUGAUUCUAUUAUUUUACUAACAUUCCUGAGCUGUGUUUUCUAUUGUUUAACUUAUCCACACAAAAACCCACAAAAGAAACAAAAAGGACUAUAAACAGUACUUUUCUAAA